AUGGGAGGACUAGGUCAACGACCACUCUCUGAAGUGAGCCCCAUGGCUCAGCGGCGCAAUUCUCCCAUCUGGAACACCCAGAACCAAACCACAAAGACACAAAAUGGUGACCCACCUUCCUACGAUGUCUCAUCUCUGAAUAGUACUACUGCAUCUCAGCGUCGCUUCUGGAAAGGCCGUGAAUCUCCAUCUCCUUUCUCCAAGGGCGGAGAGAACCAGCUGCCGUACAACCCAGACAGUUGUUACAAACCAACACGCCGUCCGUCUCUUGAAGAUUUGAAGCGUGUAUCGCGAGUGAAGAAUAACAACAUGUUUCGCGGAAGCCAACAAGAAUAUGACCCUGCACACGUCUCAGUACCCCAACGACCUCUUGCGGCUAAUCGUGCGCCGAACCUUGAAAGCCAGAUGAACCUUGCCAAGUCACAAUUUGCCGAAGAUGACGAUUCGAUCAACAUCCCAAGACCCCAUUCCCCGAGUAAAGAGCAACCAUCUCCGAGCAAGUCCUCACUGUCGAAAGGCAGUCGUUUUGGCAAGAGUUUUGACCCUCAGAGUGAUAUUUGGUACGACAGCGCUGGUCACAGGCAUACAAAGAGCGUAACAUUCGAUGCUGCACCACCUCAAGUGAAUGAAUACGAGAUGAGAACACCAGACCCAUCUUCUCUCGCUUCCGAAUCUCGCGAGGCUAGUUAUGAUUCUGAGCAAGAGGAGGAGGCCAGUUUUGAGGAAUACGAGUCUUCAAUCGAGCGCGAUGAUAGCUUUGAUGCGUCUCUAGAAGAUAUUGAGAAGACACCAGUGGUCUUGCCGGAUGAUUGGCGCUUCAUGAGUCCAGGUGAUGAGAACGACGAUGAAGAGUCUUUUGUCGAACAUGCUGGAAACCAGACGACUGAAGACCGCCCAGUAUCACGCGACGAGGAUUCAGCCCACCAUGAAUCCCUCGAUGCCAAUGACGAGCGUCGUCCCCUGCCGCCUUUGCCCUCAGUCUCGCGUUUGUCUAGCUCACGUUCCUUGUCACCCGAGAAAUUGGCUGGUGUAUUUGAACUUGGCAGUGGGAGUCUACGUGGGCUACCAUCCCCUCUUGUAUCUGCUGCCAAGAAAUCUGACCCUCGUGCUUCCAUGUGCUUGGAGGAUCGAUUGCGUCUUUUGAUGCUUGAAGAAAAGACUAAGGGAUUUGAACAUAACGAAGAAGAGCUUGAUGUGAAAGAUCUGGAACCUUCAACGGAAGAUAUAACCAUUAAGGAGGAGGAAAAAGAAACGUCGAUGGAUGAUUUCUUCUCACCUCCUCGAAUCUCCCGAGAUUCCAUUUUGAAAGGUAUCCGCAAGGGAGACAGCUACGAGGAUGAUGGAUUUGAUGACGAAUCACACAUUGCAUCAAGCCCCAAUCCUUAUGCGAAUCACGAUCCCGAUGUUCCCAUCCCGUCAUUAGAGAUGGACGACGAUGACAACGACAGUAUGGUUUUCAAAGAGGAAGCCGAUGAUGAUGACCUCUACAAGAUCCCCGACUACAAGCAAAGUCACUCAGAUAGAAGCCUAUCAUCUCUGGAUCAGAGAGCGAAGUAUGACGAAGAAAGCAACUAUUCCCUGCGAUCGGCGUUGGAGGCUGCUGGAAACGAUGCCACAGACAAGAGCACUAGCCAGACCACUCCCAUAGCAGAUGUAUGCGAGGAUGCUCCUUCCCCUAAACCUAAUGAAAGCGAUGAAGCGCCUGCCUCCGAAGUCCAGCCAUUGGACAUGGCCUUGAUCCGACGAUCCCUGCAAAGCCCUGUCCUGCAACGUCCUGUUACUCCCGAGCUUCAAGAGGAAGCAAUGUCUGAGCCAUCCACCCCCGGUUCUGUCAUUCGUCACCCAGUUGCGGACUCUGAGGAGGAUUAUUCAGAAGAAGAAGAGGAAGAAGUUGAGGAAAGCUGCUCAGACGAGGCUGUCCCUGAGCCUGUUGCCACUAUCAGGGCACCUGGUGCUACAUUGAAAACCCGUCCAUCUCUCACCCCAGCAGAUAUCGAAUCCAUGGCUGCGACUCGUCGUCGCAUCAGCGGCCAGCACCCACCUUCCAUUUCGCAGCCUGUACCGCAGUUGACCAAGCAGUUGUCUAACGAGUCCACUCAGUCCGAUAACUCACAAACAGAGGCAAAAUCUGCCGAUGACGCGUCUCAGUUGACGGUUCCGAGCAGCCUUGCUCAGCGAAAGUCUAGCUUGAUGCAGCUCGACAUUCCAUUUAGCAUUCAAGAGGAAAGCCUUGGUUUUGGUCUCACCAAGGAAUUCGAUCGCGUCAUUGAGUCCCAAAAGGUUGCUUUCCACCUCGCCCUUUCCAAAAUUAAUUCACGUCCCGUGACGGCUCCCCAGGAACAGACGACUUUUCGAAAACAAGCUAACUUAUAUCCUACCAAACAGAGAGGCUAUCUCAUGCGCCAAAACACCAAAGUCGUCAUCGCCAGCAAUCGCCACGAGGAAGAACCUGCUCUUCCAAAUGAGCAAUCAUCUGAGGAUCCGCGGGGCACAAAAUCCGCGGGUUCUUCUCCUCGCAAGGCUAGCCAACAAACUUGGACAACUGUUCCCUGGAACGGAUCCCCCCGACGCCCAAGUGUGAAAGUUCCAACGAAUAUUCCAAAGAAGAAGCCCGUUUCGGGAGUAGUUCCUCCUCUUCCAGGUCAAGAGAGCGCUGUUCAGGAGGCUCCCUCAAAGACUGAAGAGAGCGAGCCUCUCGUUCAAGAUACUUAUGAAGAGGGUGAAGAGCGGGGUCGUCUUUUCGUCAAGGUGGUCGGUAUAAAAUACAUGGAUCUUCCCCUUCCUCGUGCUGAGCGCUCCUACUUUGCACUUACUCUUGAUAACGGUCUCCACUGCGUCACCACUUCAUGGCUCGAGCUCGGCAAAUCAGCUCCCAUUGGACAGGAGUUUGAGCUUGUUGUGCAGAAUGAGCUUGAGUUUCAACUAACGCUCCAAAUGAAGGUUGAUGAGAAUAGACUUUAUCCACAGGAGUUGGUUGAAUCGCCCGCACGCCAGAAGCCCUCGGCGUUUGGCCGUAUGUUUGCAUCCCCUCGACGCCGCAAGGAGAUUGAAUUGCAGCAACAAAUGAAGACCCAACAGCCAAAGGAUGUUAACGCACCCGUCUGGGAAAAAUUGAGAAACACUGUUGCUCGCGAUGGCAGCUUUGCUCGUGCCUAUGUGUCUCUCACUGACCAUGAAGAGCAAGCAUUCGGCCGUCCUUAUACUGUUGACAUUGCCUGUUUCAACGAAUGGGCUACCGAUGAACAGCCCAGCAGUGUGAAGAGCAAGAAAAGUGCAAUCAGUGUAACCGCACAGCGUCGCCCCCCUUACAAGAUUGGCAAGCUCGAGCUGCAAUUACUGUUUGUCCCUAAGCCCAAGGGCAGCAAGGAGGAAGAAAUGCCUAAGAGUAUUAAUGCGUGCAUCCGUGAGAUGCGCGAGGCUGAGAGUGUGUCUACUCGCACCUACGAAGGUUUCCUUUCUCAGCAGGGUGGAGAUUGUCCGUUCUGGCGUCGCCGUUUCUUCAAGCUCCAGGGUUCCAAGUUGACAGCUUACCAUGAGUCAACUCGUCAGCCACGAGCGACCAUCAAUUUGGCGAAGGCCGCUAAGCUCAUUGAUGAUAGACCCUCGCUCACGAAAGAGACAAAUACCAAGACUGGCGGCCGGCGAAAGUCUGCCUUUGCUGAAGAAGAAGACGGCUACAUGUUCGUUGAGGAAGGAUUCCGUAUUCGCUUCGCUAACGGCGAAGUGAUCGAUUUCUACGCCGACAGCGCCAAAGCUAAGGAUGGCUGGCUACGGGUCAUGUCCGAGGCUGUUGGCAAAGGCGGCUCUUCUUCCAGCAGUGGCUCUCUCAAGCCCUGGGCAGAUCUUGUGCUCAAGCGCGAACGUAGCAUGAAGAAUCGUCCCCCAACUGCGGAGCGUCCUCCCAGCGGUUUACCUGCACCUCCAAGAUCCCCUGUCAGACAGAGCACCGCUAUGGCACCGCCUCCACCUUCAUCUCAAUCGGCAGCGCCGUCCCAGUCCCAUCGUCCCCGACACAAGCAUGCUAACUCUCAGCCUGAGCUGCCCACCGCUGAAGCCCGCCGACAAAAGACUCGCUCUCUUAUCUACUAA